AUGUCAGAUGACGAGAUAGAUGAAGGUUACAAUGAAUUUAUCAAAGAAAAUCAAGAUAUGAAUGGGAUAAUAAAGGGAAUUCUGAAUUCACACCAAAAUGAGAUUAAGGUAGAAAAUAAUGCAGAUGAGAUAAAGAGAUAUAAUGAUGUUAUCAAAUUCUGUAAAAAUCAUCUUAGAAAAGUAUUUCAUAAAGAAUUGUCACCAGAAAGUCAAAGGUAUAUUGCAAGAUUUGGAUGUUAUUAUGAUUAUGAUCUUGAUCCUAAUAAAAUAGUAGAAACGCUUAUUCAAGCUAAAAAGAAAAAUGUACCUGAUUUUAUUACUACAUUUAGUAAUUAUUUUAGACAGGCUAACAAUGUACAGAUUUUGACACAAUCUGGAUUCUUUAAUAAUAAUUUUAUUUCUGCCUUUCUUAAUCUGGAAUUAACAAGACCCCUAUAG